ACCGUAUAUAUUAUUUAUAAAUAUCGUGCCAAUGUUUAAAAAAAAAAACAUCUAAAAACAGAAACAAAAUUUGUAAAACUUGUCAAUGCUUUGUCAUUCGGCUAAACGAUAAGGAAUAUAUGAUUAUUAAUCGAUAUAUAUAUAUAUAUAUAGAUCAUCAUCAUCGAUAUAUGUGCUGAUACCAGACAAGUGCUGACAUUCAAAUGGAUGUAUGAACUAUUCAUGGAUCCAUAUGAUUGUCACGACUUUUGAAAUACACUACAAUAUAUUCUUAAGAUAGGAGAUCAUUGACACAUAAACACACACACACGCAGAUAUGACGUACUAAUAUAACCAACAUAAAUCCAUAUACAAUAUAUAUAUUUUGAUGUUAUACAUACACACACAAACACACACACACACAUAUGAAUUAAUUGUAAGCCCAAAAUUAUAGGAAAGCAUUUUUUUUUUAUAGAAAUUUGUACGCGUCGUCUAAGCGUUCAGCUAGCUAAAAAAUAGGUUCCUAAAAUUAUACAAAAAAAAAAAACCAGAUAAAAACAACAAAAAAAUACCACAAAACAUAAGGGAAAAUACCACAAAAAACAAAAGGAAAAAUGUUAGAAUCGUAAAUGGAAACCAAUAAGCAGAACCGUAAUAUUUAUAAUAUAAUGGAUAAAUUGUAAUCUAAAGCCAAGCUAAAAAAAAAAACAUCAACAAUUAAACAACAACAAAAAAACUAACAUUAUAAUACAUUUAACUAUAAAUACAAUUUAUACAAGAAAAAAAAGAAUACCAACCAAGCGAGAAAAUUGGUGGCAAAAGACCUGAAAAAUGUAUCGGAAUAAUGUUUAUACCAUAUAAAUAAUGUAUAUUUUUGCAAGCGAAAUUAUAAUGUCAAACAUAGAAGCGAAACGAAACGAAAAUGGAAGGAAGGACCUGUAGGAUAAAGCGAUAUAUCGAUCAUAAAUCGAUAAUAAAGACGUAAAAAUUUUCGCAUAUACAUAUUAUUAUAUAUAUAUAUAUAUAUCAAUUUUUUUUAAAACUUAUUUUGUUAUAUAACUUAUGGAAUAAUCCAAAAAAUAUGUUUUAUUAUACAUUUUUUUUUUAAACUAAAGAUCGUUUUUUUUGGUCACACUUAGCCCGGUGCGACAGUGCGUGUCAUAGCUGUAAGUCGAUUAGAGAUCUGAAUUUAUAUUUUAAACAAUUGUAUAUCCUUUCUCCAUUGCCUUAAUUCAAAGAAAGCCUUAAUUUAAUGAUCGCCUUUUACGAUAUAUAUAUUUUUCUGAGCCAAUUGCUAGCGACGUGUGGUUGUGAAACGCACUGUACACUUUUUAAUAAUUUUUUCCCAUUUCUCGUGUUUUUUGCACGAUUUGGCAUUGUGUUUGUCCCCAUGAUUUCAUGUACGACUUAGUCCUUAAGUAGUUUCUAAGGCUGUGUAACUAAAAACUAAAAACAAGAACAUGUACUAACAAAAAAACAAAAAAGAAAUCAAAAAAGAAAAACCUAUGGCUUACGGACAUACCCCUUUGAUUGGUUGUUGUAUUUGAGUUUAGCGCCGUACAAUUUUUGUUUAUUUUGAAUAUGAGUUCGAGGCGAGGCGGGAUAAACAGAAAUUGGCAAGUGCACUUACUAAACGUAUAAUGAAAUAUAAAUGAAGUACAUAUAUAAUGAAUCGAUUAUAAAAGCCUAAGCUCUAAGUACGAUACAAACUAAUAUUACAAUUAACAAUUUUUUUGUAAACCAUUUUGUAAGGCUUGAUCCUUUUGAUUUGAACCGAAGGGUCAAAAUAGUCCCCCGAAGCGAAAGGUCAGAAGGGGCCCAAAGCAAAGGGCUAUAAAAGGCUCAAAACCAAUGGCCAGAAAAGCAAAACAAAAGUGGUAAAGAAACACACAAAAUCAAAGUGAAGCAAAGCUAAGAAAAAUGAAAGCAAAAGCUGAAAUAAUUAGUCCACAUUUUAGUCUAAACAAAAACGAAACAUACCAAGAAAGGUUAAAGCUAAAGUAAAUCUACAAACUAAAAUCAAGAAAAGCUAAAAAUGAUACACGGAAACACAAAUUGUAACAUGGAUUUGCUAUAUAAAAAAACUUAAACUAAACAAACGAAUGAGAAUGAGAAUGAAAUGAUUAUCUAGCAAUAAAAAUAAACAGAAUGAUUUCAUUUAUACAGAUCGCAAGCGAUCUAUCGAUUUGGUGGAGAGAAGAGGAAUGGCGGGAGAGAGCUGUUUGCUAAUUUAUGCCAAAAAUAGGUCAACACCUGAAUAUGCUACUCGGAAAACCAGUUUGGCAGAUGGGCUGGCCGAUCAUCGCGGGCGUUCCCGAAAGUGAGAGGAAAACAUAAUCUGUGAUUUGUAUGCGAGUUUUGGGUGAUUUCUUUUCUGACGACAUCUUUUGACUGGGACUUGUGACUCAUUAUGAAUGCCAAACACAAUCCCCGCGACUAUGUGUAAACCCGUUUUGAGCGAGAGAAAAGAAGAGUGGGAGCCUCUUCAAUCAGCUGGCAACGAAAUGCAUUCGUUGCGCUGUUCACAACAUAUACUAUCACUCUCCCUGCCAGUGAUUGCCUGAAAUCCAACACGGAAUGUAUCGCAAUGUGCUCUGCUUGGUGCUGGGCCUGGUCAUUGGCAUACGACUGACGGAUCUCUUCGAUUACCUGCGACUCACUGAUAGCCGCGACUAUGCCCUCACCCAGGCCCCCGCUGCCACGCCUCAGGUCCACACUGAAACAAAAACUGAGACGGAGGCGGACAUUGCCGCGUGGCUGUUUAAUGAAACGCGAGUGCUGUGCCUCGUGCUGACAAUACCCCAGUGGCACCACAGAAAGGCCGCAAAGGUGAAGAACACGUGGGGUUCGCGCUGCAAUAAGUUGAUAUUCCUGAGCAGCGAAGAGGACAAAGAACUGGGGGCCAUCGAUGUGGGUGUGCCUGAAGAUCGUAAAAAUCUGUAUGCCAAAGUUCGCGCCGGCUUUGCGUACGCGUACAAGCAUCAUGGUGAGGAUUACGAUUGGUUUCUCAAGGCAGAUGAUGAUACCUUUAUUAUCAUGGAGAAUCUGAGGUACUUUCUCUACCCCUACGAUCCAGAGGCCGCUCUUUAUUUUGGCCACAAAUUCCACACCGAUUUCCCGCAGGGCUACAUGUCCGGUGGGGCAGGCUACGUGUUGAGUCGUGAUGCCCUGCGGCGACUGAAUCUCUUUGCGCUGAAUAACACCCGUUUCUGUCCAGAGAAUACGCUGUCAGAGGAUCGGCAGAUAGGAAAUUGCCUGAGGAAUGUGGGUGUUGUGGCAGGAGACUCUCGGGAUGAGGAGGGACAGGAACGCUUUUUGCCGCUGUCUCCCAAGCAUUUGGUGCCCCAUUUUCCCACCACUGGAUGGCUGAGUGGCUUUGUGUUCUAUAAGCCGACGGAGACCUGCUGUUCGACCACUGCCAUCAGCUACCACUACGUCAAGGACUUUGAGUUCGAGAUCUACGAGUACUUGUUGUAUCGCCUGCGUGUCUUUGGCAUACCCGUGCCUCUGCAGAAACUGCCGCCACGCCUGGGCUUCAGGGAAAUGCAUUCCCUGCUGCGCUAUUGGUCCCAGGUGGUGUCCGAUAACCUGGAAAAACCUGGGGCUUAAUGUAAUUGCUACACUUUGAGAUAAAUAAAGCAAGAGGCAGCGACGAUGAAGAUUUAUUCCCAUCAAUA